AUGUCUUUGCGGCCGGCCGUCGCGGCUCUGGCGUGCUGCGGCUGCCGCAGCGCCGUCUUGAGAGCUGUGCUCGGCUCGACAGCACCAAGCGUCCGCAGCUUGGGUACCCAACGGCCACCGCAGCUUGCACGAAACUUUUCGACAUCGCCCCGACGGCUCUUGUCCAGCCCCGGCAGCGAGGACGACUCAUCACCUAGUACAGCUCUUCAAGACGAGGCCGAGAAACCAGACCAAGAUGGCGCCGAGAAGCACUGGUUCCUCGAGGUAGAGCCUCCUCGCCACCCACCGAGCCAGCAUGUCCCAACUCUUCCAAACCCCCCCCGCGAUGCGCCUUCGCUGCUCGAGCCGAUGAUCAAAUACGUCUACGAAGAUAUGGGGCUUGACGACCUCGCGCUCCUGGAUCUGCGCGAACUAGACCCUCCAGCAGCCCUUGGCCGGAACCUGAUCAUGCUGUUUGGAACAGCCCGGAGCGAGCGCCACCUGCACAUAUCGUCUGGCCGAUUUGUUCGAUGGCUGCGGCGAAACUACAAAGUCAACGCCAAAGCAGACGGACUGAUUGGGCCAGGCGAGCUCAAGACGAAGCUGCGCCGCCUGCGAAAACGGGCCAAGCUCAUGGGUACCAACACCAUGAUUGUUCCGGGAGGCGACAAUGGGCUCUCGACAGGCUGGGUCUGCGUCAAUUUCUCCACGGGCGAGGGCGACCUCGGCGAGAUGGCCAGCUUCGACGCAGGCGGGAGGUAUUCCGGCUUUGGCGCGACACAGACCGGCACGACCAUUGUAGUGCAGUGCAUGACGGAGUCGAGGCGAGGCGAACUUGACCUGGAGAUACUGUGGCGAGGCGUGCUGAGAAGAUGCCUCGAGCGUAGCAGAAAGGUCAAGGGCGAGGCGACGGGUGACAAGGAAGAGCUCGAGGCGCUCGUAUCAUCCAAGAUUCAGCUGGCUCCCGGCUCGCCGACUUCCCAGUGGCAGGCACUGCGGCAGGCCUCACAGCAGCAGAGAUACUUUUCCACACUGGCACGACGUCUCCAGGCCCAGGCAGAGGCUCACACGGACGCCGCGGGCGUACAGCAAGGUCGGGCGGAAGCACCGGCGAUGGAAACAGACACUACCCAGGAUGGUUUCGUCAAGCUCCGUCGAGAGAUUGACGUGCUGCACGCGAGAGCCUUGCCAUUGAGCCAGCAAAGCUUCCAGGCCUUCAUCGCCUUUGCGUUGCGGGUCAAGUCUCCAGCAACCGCAUCGGAACGUUUGGCCCUCGUGGAUGAGUUGCUUUUGACCGGGCAAGAACGAGGGCUGGCGAUUGAGAGCGAGGACUUGCUCAUCGACCUAAUCGAAUCGGCGGUGUCUUCGCCAGCCUACGACGCGGACAUGGCGCGGGCGCAAAGGAACUUGGAGCUGCUCCUCGCAGAGAAGCGGUCUUCCAUGCAGGAGAGCCAGGUGCUGCGGCUCAUGAGCGCAUACGCGCGGCGCGGCCACUGGGACCGUUUCUGGAACACGUUUCGCUCACCCGCUAGGUUCCUGGCGCCCCGAUCCGCCGACGUCUACGAGCUCGCCUUUCGCCUGCUGGCCGAGACGCGGGAUGCUAGGAUGUGCAGAGAGGCCGUGAGCCGGAUGUACAUGGACAUGCUGCGAGAAGAGCCGCCCGUGCUGCCUGUCGGGGCGCUAUUCAAGUCGCUCAGGGCCUGCGUCUUGGUUGCGGACCCGAGCGCCGAAGAGAUGAUUUACAACCCGCCGUUGCCGGACAGCUUGUCGGUGGUCGAGAGGCGGGGAAUUGAGCGCAAUGAGUUUGUGCGGGUACUCAAGGACGCCGAAGGCCACCGCGCGGCCUGGGAGGCGGGCCAGAGAAGUCGGGUCCGAACAAUGACGCCGCCGCGGGAGCAGCCGCGGGAGCAACCGUUUGAGACGGACGCCGAUGCCAGCAUACGCUUGGCCUUGUUGUCGGGACGACGCAGCGGCUGA